GCAAUGCUGUUGAGGAAGAAACAUCUGUCUCUGAGACCACAAAUUAUUCAUACCUGCUGUAUCCCAUCACGACUUUCUUUGUUUAGCGUCGUCUUUAAGUAGCACACGAUAAACAACCUCUGGAGAAGCAAGGCUAUAGCUACUGAAGAAAACUCGGUAUUCGGAAAAAAGGCUUGGAAAAUCGGCCAAGCAUUGGUCUAAACAAUUGGCCACCAUUUUCAUUGAAGAUCUGUAGUAUCGUUUUAGACCGAUAUGGCUGAAUCAAUUCGAUGUAAAGUUGAAGAACAUUUGACUUGUUCCGUUUGUUUGAAUCAACUUAAAGAUCCCAAAGUUCUACCCUGCCUUCACUCAUAUUGUUAUGCCUGCAUUGUAAACUUGGCAAAGAGUACGAAGUCAAGUACAUUUAACUGUCCAGAUUGUAGGUUGGAAGUUAAGGUUGAUGAAAAUACAAUUUCGUCCCUGCCGACGAACUUCUUCAUAAACAAUCUUCUAGCAACAAUGAUGCUGACGAAUGAAGAGCCCGCUACAAAAAAGAUCCUUUGCGACAGUUGUGACAGUGAAGACGAUGCUCAAAGUCGAUGCAGUGAAUGCGGAUUGUUUCUUUGUCAGUUUUGCACCGCUUCGCAUAAACGAAUGCGUUCAACAAAACAUCACGAGCUGUUGACCUUCGCGGAAAUAAAAUCAAAUCCUGGUCCACAAAGAAUUGCUGAGAAGAUACGAUGUCCCAAACACAAGGGGGAAGUUAUCAAAUUAUUCUGUAAAACAUGUCAAGAAACUAUAUGCAGAGAUUGCACCAUUGUUGAUCAUCGCCAACAUGAAUAUGGGUUUGUUGAGGAUGUAGCUGAUGAAGAAAAAGCAAAUAUACGAAGCAAUCUUGAUGAGGUAAAGGAAAGGAAAGGUAGGGUGAUACAAGGAAUUGUCAACAUUCAAGAUUUUAAGAAACGUGUCGAAAAGAAGCGCCAAUCAACUAUUUCAGAGAUCAGUGAGCAUUUUGAUGAACUUACGAAAGCCGUAGAAAAUCAGAAAAAGAAGAUGAUCGAAAAAUCAACCAUGCAUACGAAUUCAAAACAAAAACAGAUCCACGCGCAGUUAGAAGUUCUGGAAGUGGCUUUAGCAAGUUGUGAAAGCAGCAUCGAGUUCACCGAGCAAGCGUUUAAGAAUGGUAAUGAUGUUCAAAUAUUAAGUAUGGAAAAAUACAUUUUGCAGUCUCUGGAGCAGUUGAAAGCAGUUAAAGAUCAAACGACUCCUUCUGUAACUGAAGACAUGUUAUUUAUCAUUCCCUCUUCAGUGGAGGAAACAAAGAAGAACUUGCUGAAUGAGUAUGAUGUAGAUGUUGCUGUGCCAAGUCCUGGAAACUGCAAGGUUUCCUUUCAACAAGGCGAAGCACGUUUUAUUCCUGGAAAUCAAUACUCUAUAGAAUUAUUAUGUCAUGAUGAGAACAACCGAAGACUUAGAUAUGGAGGUCAUGAUAUCAAACCGUCGUUCACAGGAAUGGAAGUCAGUGAUGUGGCUGUUGCUGAUAACAACGAUGGCUCAUACGUCAUCAGCUUUUACCCCCGUGGUCUCGGUGGGAAGGUGAAAUUCGAGGCAUCGAUUAAUGGAAUUCCUGCUCCAAAUUGUUCGUUGAUUAGGUGGUUUUAUUGAGUCUGGAGAUCAUACGUGGAGAGCGCAAAUGAGUGGUUACUCUUACCACUGCAACAACACCUCUGCUGAAGUUGGAAUAAUCGAAUACGAUGACGUCAAUGCAAACGCUGUCCAAAAGUUAGAGUUGCAAAAAGAGUUUCCUCCGGUAGGAUUUCAAGUUUUGAAAACCUUCCUCAAAAUGACGUUACGUCACUGAGUCAAGUGGUAACCAGCAUAAAAAAUAUUUUUUGGUAUAUGCAUGUCAUCAAUUGGAGUAUUCAACUUUGAACCUUUCUCACAAACCUCAUUCAAAGCAAGCCUUCCUCCGGGUGGUACCCGCAGCUUUUUCAACUCUGCCAAAAGUGGGUCUAUAAGGGGCCUAAUUCCACGGGCGCAUUCUCUCAGGGAAAUAUUUCGCUUUUUCUUUCGAAUUUUGACCGCUUGAAUAAUCAUUUCUGCUUCAUUGCUCACAAUUCAAAAGAAGCAGGCGAAAUUUUUCGCAUUUCGCUUUAAAAUUUAGCCCUUGGAAUUAGGGCUCAAGUUAAACUGUGAAAAUCACAAUAUGGACACGAUGAUUUCACUAACUUUAAAUAUGGAAAACAAAAAACUCCGCAUUAUAUGCGGUUCUGUAAUAAAACCACGCGUUCGAUGCAGUUCGUGUUUUAUCUUUCUUUGCAUGCUUCUCCCCCAAUGUUGUAAUACGUCUGGUUCAGUGAAACGAUACCACUUUCAUAUACGUGGCAUACUAAUGAAAGAGUGAUUAUGCGAAUAUACAUUAAAGAAAACUUUGUUCAGUAAGCAGGUUAAUAAGCCGCUUAAAGUA